GUCUAGUUGGGAUUUAUAUGAAGUUCAGGUGAGGCAAGAGAUAUAUUUUUCUUUCCUCAAAAUCCAGGAAUUCAUUCUCUCCAUACGUUGUCGUUUGCUGCUAAGGGUUUCAGUAAUUAGAAGGUGAAAAAAUGGCUCAUAGGCUGUUAAGGGAUCUUGAAGCUGAUGGAUGGGAACGCUCGGAUUUUCCGAUUAUUUGCGAGUCUUGUCUCGGUGAUAAUCCGUAUGUCCGUAUGACAAAAGCUGAAUUUGAUAAAGAAUGCAAGAUAUGCACGCGGCCGUUUACAGUGUUUAGAUGGAGACCUGGUAGGGAUGCACGGUUUAAAAAGACUGAGAUUUGUCAAACGUGUAGUAAGUUGAAAAAUGUUUGUCAAGUUUGUCUUUUGGACCUUGAGUAUGGUUUGCCUGUUCAAGUUCGAGAUACGGCCCUUCAUAUUAACUCUAAUGAUUCCAUUCCGAAAAGUGAUGUUAAUCGUGAGUACUUCGCUGAGGAGCAUGACCGCAGGGCGAGAGCUGGUCUAGAUUAUGAAUCUUCAUAUGGAAAGGUGCAAGCAAGUGAUACAAUUUUGAAGCUUCAAAGAACAACACCGUACUACAAAAGAAACAGAGCACAUGUUUGUAGUUUUUAUGUACGAGGUGAAUGCACACGAGGUGCUGAAUGCCCUUAUAGACACGAGAUGCCUAUCACUGGGGAGCUAUCACAGCAGAAUAUAAAAGACCGUUAUUAUGGAGUUAAUGAUCCAGUGGCUUUGAAAUUACUUAACAAGGCUGGAGAAAUGCCUUCGCUGGAACCACCUGAGGAUGAAGGCAUCAAGACCCUCUACGUGGGCGGCCUUGAUGCGAGGAUCACUGAGCAGGAUUUGAGGGAUAACUUCUACGCACAUGGCGAGAUUGAAUCAAUUAAAAUGGUGCCUCAACGAGCAAUUGCUUUUGUAACCUACACAACCAGAGAGGGUGCAGAAAAGGCUGCAGAAGAGCUAUCUAACAAGUUGGUUAUUAAGGGUUUGAGGCUGAAGCUAAUGUGGGGCAGGCCCCAAGCCCCGAGACCUGAAUUAGAAGGUACAGAAGAAGCAAGGCAAGCCGCCUUGGCUCUCGGCGGAAUGCUGCCGCGAGCUGUUAUAUCUCAACAACAGAACCAAUUACUUCCACCUGGGACUCAGGACCAACCUCCUCAACCUAUGCACUACUUUAAUAUUCCGCCACCCCCACAGCCGGAAAGAGCUUAUUAUCCAUCGAUGGAUCCUCAAAGAAUGGGUGCACUUGUUCCGUCGCAGGAUGGACCUCCAACUGGGCCGACAGUAUCUGGGGAGAACAGAAAUGCGAUGGAGAGGCAGCAAGGUCAUUAUCCUUAUCAAGGUAUGCCAUUGCCGCCACCUCCUGGGCAACAAUAUCAGCAGCAACAGCAGCAUUACCCUCCAUAUGGAUAUAUGCGACCGAUGCCACCUUAUCAGCAGUACCCACCAUAUAACUCUGCAGCUCCUCCACCACCACCUGCUCAAGGUAUCCAUCAGCAUCAGCAUCAGCAUCAGCAUCAGAAUCCGAGGCCGCCGCCGCCACCACCUAGGGCUGACCUAGCAGCUUCUUCAAGCUCCGGACCUCCACCUUCAGGACCUCCACCUUCAGGCCCCGGACCAUCAGCUUCAUCCAGUUCAUGAAACCCGGGUGUCAAUGAGAUUUUGUGUUUUUACUUGGGAUUGUAAUUGCGUUUGACAUGCACCCUAAUAUAUGAAGUUGGAUAAAUUCAUAAAAUCAGGAGGCGUAUUUCAUUACUUUUUGUCAUCAAAAUUAUGAUCCUAUGGAUAAAUAGAGUUAAUUUUUGGCUGAA